AUGCAUUUAUCUUGUGAUUGCGAGCAAACGCGUCGAAUGCACCAUCGUGCCAUGAGGCAAAUUACUGACGUCUUAGGAGUUUGUCUCAAUUCAACCCGUACAAAAGAGCAAUGGUCGUGUUUACGUCGAGAUAAGCACGAGGAGCUUUAUGCCAAACGAACCGAUCAGGGAGUGAUUAAUGGAUCCUCGGUCUAUUAUUUAGCCGUCAAUGAAGCAUCGUGCGGCUUUGAAGAAGCUUUCAAUCUGCUUCAUUUCGACUCGACGGCUCAAUUUCGACUCAUGAUGAAACUCCUGCAUGGCCGUGACUUUAAAGAUGGUGCUUUGCUCUCUGUGAGCCCGAACGAACCUUUGCUUAGUGACUGGACCAUGGACACACAGCAUGCAGCAGUAUGGUUUACAUAUCACGACUACAGCAAACCCUUGUUGCUGUGUGAACAGCACUUGACGUUUUUUCAGACGCUCAAGAUUUUUCUACCAGACAACCAGCACCAUACUGAGCACAAUGGCCACAAUGAUGUGGCGUCCAUGACGAAGAACACUUCGUCAAUGGCUGGAAUGAGCGCACGUCCGAGCGAUGGAGUGCACAAGCGGACCAUCGCACUAAGCUGGGUGCCGUUUCCUCAAUCGCAUGAUGCGAUGCUGGAAACAACACAACAGGUAAAUUUGCAGUACACGUUGAUCGUGGAGGAGAUUUCCCAUAAUCGGUUGCGUCUUUCGUGUGUGACGAGCUCCUUCCAUGACAAAAACGAUGGUCCUGUAGCUGGACCACCUUGGGCAGCUCGAGUCAUUGCGCGGCGACUGGCUUUGCGAUCUGUUGGAAAUUUGGAGGCGGCCGUGGCAGCAUCUAGAAUUGGCGAUUGCCAAUUGAUUGCACCUCAGCAGUGGGUGAAGAAUGAGGACCGUGCCUAUUGUGUGAUCUGCUGGAAAAGUUUCAAUGCUCUCUUUCGCCGCCGGCAUCACUGUCGCCUCUGCGGUGAAGUCAUUUGUGGCACCUGUUGUUCACUACGUACUAUCAACAUUGUGAACGUAAGAACCAAGGCGGUUCAAAAGACUCGCAUCUGCCACAUCUGCAACAACACAACUCGACUCAAGACCAAGACGCAUGUUAUUUUCAACAACAACCACAGCAGCAAUUAUCACAGCAGGAUUCCGACCUCUUACCAACGAUGGGAACAGCCUCCUCUGCUUGAAUCGGAUUCAGACUCUGAGCUUUCUCUCUCGUCACACUUGCUUUCGACACAUAUAAAAGUAGCGGUGAGUCCAGACUACGGACUGCCGUCAUUGCCAGUAGAUCUCAAGCUUUCGCAAAGGAUAGCGAUGGAGAGCUUUGACUCACACGAGUCCAAAGAAGUUGGACAUGACGGCUAUAUUGGUGCACUACCGGAUGAAAUGGCAGCUAAUGUUGGUUACAAGAUCAUUUCCAUCAAGUCCAUUGCAAGUAGCACCAAUAAUCUAUGGCAUGCGACACCCAUCACUUUGUCAAGUACUAAGAGUCUCUGGUCGCUUCAAGUCCCAAGUAGCGUCGACUCUACGUGUAGUGUCAGUUCUUCCAAUUGGGCCAGAGGAGGAAAUAAUAAUGGUGAAGUUGGGAGCUCGAGUUGUGGGUCUCGCAGCUCAAAGUCAUUCCUACACCCGGCAGCCAUGACCUCUAGGACGCAAAAGAAGGCCCCGCCGAUUUGCAUCGCAUCCGAGGCAAGCAGCUACAGCUCUGCUGAUCACUCUAUUGUACGUUUGUCAUAUGAUAUGGUUGACUUACAGGAGCAUGAAGACUCAAGGAAGUUUGAUUAUCGUCGAACUUCCUUGAUGAGCUCCAAUGUCAGUCUAUUUGACCGGGAUUCCAUCGUUGAUGAAGGCUAUUUCUUGCCUCAGUUUGACGAACAACGUGAAGUACAGCGCUUGAAGUUACUGGAUAUGAUCGUAUCACCUGCAUUCACGCUGGUAGAUCGCACAAUCAUGCAACGAAGCUGUGAAAUUGCUGCUACUGCCUUUGGUCUGACCGCCGCCUUCAUCGCGCGAGUGGACGAGAAAUAUGUGAUGAUUGAGCAUACCAUUGGAACUUGCGAUCUAUCACCUCAGGAUGAAAUUUUGCGACGGGAGUCAUUGUGCGAUUUCGUUCUCUGUCAGCCUCACUGCCAACCUUUGGUGGUGCCAAAUUGUCUUGCUGAUCCACGGACACGAGACAUUCCUAUGGUGCAGCAUCUCCGUAUAAGCUUUCUUAUCGGUGUUAGCGUGUGCGUGCGUGGUUUUCCCAUCGCAUGCCUGUGCGCAUUUAGACAAGACGAUGGCAGCCAAAGCGAAGAGGACGAUGAAGUCAUGGGAGCAUCAUACUAUGAUUUUGGUAUCCUAGAGAAUGCGGUGCAUCUCUUAGAGCGCGAGCUAGAACGUCUUGUGUAUGGCUUGGAGCUGCGCUAG